CCACCGCGACGAGCCUCGCGCCCCUCACGGGCGUGACCAGGACCCCCGCGGCCCCGGCACGCACCGGUACCCGCUGAGCGCGCAAGCGGCGCAAGCCCUCGGGUUUGAAUCGCGCGCCUCCGGGGGGCCCGGCCAAUCGCUGCCGAGAAAACAAGUGCUUGCGCUGUUUAUUCUCGGAAGGGAGGAGGAGGGAGGAGGAUCGGCCGCAACGGAGUUUAGUGUCCGAAGGGCUCAACUGCUUUCGCACGUCGGCGAGAGCUCCGUGUUAAACGACCGUUUCGCGUCGUGGUUCAGCCGUCCAACAUCGUCCUGAUGAGGUCGACUACAUGGCGGGCAGACUGCUGUCAACCGCCGUGCUGCUCUGGCUAGGGAUAUGCGCCGGGGAGGGUGCGGGGGCCGCGUGGAGCGGUGCGCCCCAGGGCCUCGACGGGGCCCUCGACGGCGCGGACGCCGCCCUGUACCUGCCGCGGCCUAGACCGCCGGCGCAGCGGCCGAGCGCGGGGGCGCUGCCGACCCCCGCCUUCGCGGAGGAGCCGCGCGACCUGGUGGUGCGCAAGGGCGCCGACGCCGUGCUCGCCUGCCGCCCCGGACCGCAGUUCGCCUCGUGGCCCGUGUCCUGGCGCAAGGACGGAGAGCCGCUCCCGGCCAACGACAAGGAGCACUUCGUCGUGGACCGCGCGGGCAACCUCGUCGUGCACCAGGUGUCGCGGAGCGGCAGGGACGCCGGCGAGUACCGGUGUGCGCUGCGCGGCCCCGCGGGCACCAUCGUGUCCAGGACGGCCACCCUGCGCGUCGCAUCACUCUCACAAGCAGUUCAAGGCCCUGAUAGCGUUAUUGUGCCGGUGGGUGGGACGGCGAGAUUUUCUUGUAUCAUCGACUCUGUCCCCGCCGCCAAGAUCACGUGGAAGAAGGAUGACGGGCCACUACCGGCUAGCUCCAGAUUUGUCAUACUUGCCUCUGGUGUGCUUCUUAUUUCGAAAGUAGAUUCUGCGGAUGAAGGGCAGUACAAAUGCGUUGCGACAAAUAAUGUGCUACGAAGAACACGAGUGAGUAAUGAUGCUUCACUAACAAUAGGAACUCCAUCUGAGUGGUCUCAAAACAAUUUUCUUUCUCAAAGAAAUGUUAUUCAAAGUAUCCAAGGAGAAAAUAUUUCUUUAGAAUGUGCUGUUAGUGGAGACCAUGUCCCUCGAUGGUUCUUGAAAAAGGAUGAUAUUUGGAUCAAUAUGACAUCAUCCAGCAUGGCAAUACCUGGUGUUAGUAUACUGACACUGCAAAAUGUCACAGUCCUAAACUCUGGUACCUACAACUGCAGUUUCAAGGUAGAAUCACAAAUAUUCUCUCAGGUUGUGGAGCUUAAUGUCUUGUCACCACCGUACAUAAAGGAGGCCCCUGAGUCCCAAACGUAUCCCAAUGCUCACACAGCGCGGUUUACUUGCGAUGCGCAAGGUGUCCCACACCCCAACAUCACUUGGUUGAAGAAUGGUGAACCAGUAGCUCCCAGUGGUCGAAUUAGGGUUUUGAACAAUAAAUUGGUGAUAUCAAUGAGUGUUGCCAAUGACACUGGCUACUAUCAGUGCAUGGCUCAAAAUGGUGUUGGUGAAAGUUGGGGUCUUGCUCACCUUUUUGUCAAUUCCUCUGGCCUCCAAAGUCCCCCCUACAAUUUAGUUUGCCAGAAACGUGGUGACAGUUUUAUUGACUUGCAUUGGAGCACACUUCCAGGAAAUUUUCAAGCGUUUACUGUACAUUACUGGGCCUCAGGCAACAAGGUUGAAUACAAGGCAGCAUUUUCACAAAUUGAAUCUUGCAAUAUUACCGGUCUAGAACCUUUCACAAAUUACACUUUCAUAGUGCGCUCCUAUACCACGAGAGCAAGUGAACCAAGUGAAGAGUUGACUUGUGAAACAAAGGAAUCUGUUCCAGAUAUUGCUCCGGAGAUUACAUUGACAGUUAUUAGUCCAACUACAUUGAACGUUGCUUGGAAACCAUUAGACCCUAGGAGAACUCAUGGUCAUAUUACAGAAUACAAGGUUCAGUGGAGACAAAUCACAAGAUCCACUGCAAAAAUCAGAGAGGUCCCCGCCAGAACUACAAACUUCACUAUUUCAGAUCUUAUACCAGGAGCGACAUAUGAGACUAGAGUACUGGCACGAACAAGUCGUGGCUGGCCAAUGGCAUCUGUGGAUGGGAAAUUAAAAUGGCAGCCCAUAGAAAUGCCGGUACGGAUCCCCACAAACUUCAACCCACUGCCUCAUGUUCCGUUCACGACUACUCAAAGUAAUUUUAUUGGAUCUGAAACAAUGAGACUAGAACCCCCGUGUUGUUUGGAAGCAGAACCAACUUCUGCUCACACCAUUAAUCUGACCUGGUCUGCACCGGCUCACCUAAAUAUUAAAUACUUUUCUGUAUUUAUCAAAGAGGUUCAGUCAAGCCAUACCCUUGGCUCCAGUGAACCUGACGUUAUAAAUUGUACUAAUCAUUGGGUGGAGAUUGAUGAUUUACGCCCCAAUACCAUUUAUGAGCUUGCUUUGAAGGUGUAUGAUAAAGAGGGGAAUAGUAGCCCUAUGAGUGAAAAGUUUGAAUGCCGAACAUUUGAGGAUGCACCUGAAGAAGUGAAGGAUGUCAGCUGGGAGCCUUUGAAUUCAUCUAUAGUAAAAAUAAUGUGGAAAGGACCUAGUAGUACUGUGGGCCAAUUUAAUGUGUCCUUGGUUCCGCUGGAUCAAAGUCAAACAAUCUUUACUCUUGUAGAUGGAUCAAAAACAAGCACAGAGGUUCUUGGGGUCAAACCUUCCACGCAUUACCACUUGACCGUAUCAGGUGUCACUCGAGGGGGGACUGGCAAACCAUCAGUUGCUCAAAUGGUUUAUGUUAGUAGUCCAGAAGUUGUUCAAAAUCCAGGAGAACAAUAUCUAAGUGAAUCACCUGGUGUGCCUCUCAUUACUUUGGGGGUGGCUAUAAGUGUUCUAGCACUUAUACUUUCAGGUAUUGGUGUUGUAGUGAUGUUCACCUGGCGAAAAACUAGAAGGGGGCUCCCUGAUAAUAUAACUCCAGCCCAAAGUCCUUAUCAGGCUUCUGGCAAUGGAGUUCAUGGACAAAUGCCUUUGACGUCAUUUAUAACACCUGAUACUGAUACAAGUCACUACAGAUACAAUGUAGGCUCUAAACGGUUAGACACUGAAGCCCAUGACAGAAGUGAUAGCAAAGGAGUCGAGGAAAGCAGUGUUACUCUUUUACCGCCAGGAAUAACUCCAACUCCUAUUGGUGCAAUCAACUCUCCUCAAAACAUUGAUUCAAAUAAUGAGGAUGGAUUAAGGACAACACCGUGCUGGAGUGGUGGUUUGCUUCCUAUGCAUUUGUUCCACAUCACAGAAAAUCCGCAGUGUGAAUCAUCACUUGCUGCUAAAACUCCUCCACUAAGAUAUGGUCAUGAUAGGUCAGAAACAAGAAACUCAGAAGAAAUGCUGAAGUUAUUGCCAGCCAAACCAAGCUCAUGUUGUGAAUCUGAAGCAGAAGACUUUUGUGAAGAGGGUGACCAAACUGGUGACUCAUUAAAUAUUACACAAAUCACAGAUGUUGAUCAUAGUUUCCAGGAUAAAAGCAAUAACAAUAAUGAUAUUCACAAUAGUAAUGUCAGUUCAAAUAGCAACUCUGAUGCUGGAAGGAGUAGCAGAAGUAGCAGCAUUCUAGAAGAAUUGAGUGAAGGAAGCAGUGAUGUAACUGAACAACAGUUGCUUGUUACUCUAUCAUCAGUCCCUCUUCACCAUCUAACAACAAAGUCCUUCUUAGAUGUACCCAAAGUAUCGGUUGUUGGUCCUAAUGGAUGAAAUCUUCUCAAGGAUGUGCACAUUUUUUUGCCUUCUUCUGGUGCAUGUGCUCAAGCAUGAUUACUGUGUAUUAACUGUCAACACUUCAAAUCUGACUGUUAUGUAGGUUUAAUUCUUUAUUUUGUGAUAUAAGAAAAAAGGUUAAAACGCAUGAAGCCGCUCAAAUACAUUUCAUCCUAUGGCAUAUCUGGGUAAAAUGUAAACAUAAUUGUGUUUCCUUGUCAAAGUUUUGUGAAAACUCUCUUUAACCAGGCUUGUUUUAGUGAUACUGUAUUUAUUUUUGACGUAAAAUUGACUCAAGUGGUAUUUUUGCAAUGAGUACCAAUUUUGUCAAACUCAAAGUAUUUAGUUUUUCAGAAAUCAAGUUAGUUUUAUACAAACAGCUUUGAAUAUUUUAACUACUGAUUUGACAUUUGUCUUAUUUGAAGCAUUUUACAAUGUUUGUUUAUAUUUUUUGGUACUUCCAUUUUGUGCUGUAUUCUUGUAUUUUGUAUUAUACAGGUAUAAUUGUCUCGACUGAAUCAAUUCAUUUAGUUGUUUGCUACUAAAAUUGGUCCCUAGAACAUUUGAUAGCCAUUGUUUCCGCCAUUACUGUAACGGUAAAACGGACCAAUUUCAUUUCUCAAAGAAGACCAAGCAUGGAGACUGAAUCUAUUGCAUAGUAACUGUAGAUUUGGCCAUUUUGAGGCUAUUUGUAACAAAUCUGGCUUUUUGCAAUCACAAGCCUGUAGUAGAGUAGAAAAUAGUUUAAGUUUUCCUCUGGAUCCUCUGGAAUUGCAUUUCUGCUGCUCUCAAAAGUGCUUUUAUUUCAUUCAAAAUUUCCACUUUUACAGAAUAUUCAACAGGUACACACUUUUCAUAAUUUAAAAAAAAAAUAAAAAAAUGUGGCAAUUAUUUUGUUAGUUAUCAUAUUUAUGUAAGUAAAUUGGAAUGCAAUUACUGUGAUCCAGAUUGUUGGCUGUGCAUUUGUUUAUAGGGUAUUUGAACUAGUUACUGGUGCAGGCAAAUACUGUGCUUGUUUCAAAUUGGACUGCUUUUACAGUAGUGUAGUCCUCUUGUUUUCAGUGUCACAUCAUACUAUGAAGUACUGUAAAACAUCAAAACAGCUCAAUUGUAUAUAACAUAAAUUAUUCAUUUUGUAUUGUACUUGUUUUGCAGUGUUAGCUAGUUUGGCAGUUUUAUUCUUUUUGAGAAGCUGAGAUCAUUGUAAUCUACUGUCAGAGCUCUCAAAGUUGCCAUCAUGUACAACUUGUGCAGCUAGACUGUGGCAAGCAAUUUAGUCUCUGUAGUCAUAGUACAAAGUUAUUAAAUGGUUAUUAUUAUUAUUGGUAUUAUCCAUUAUUAUUAUUAUUAUGUAUGUAUUCUUAUUAUUGUUGUUGUCUACACUGUAGCGAAAACCAUGCUAAAAAUGGUUGGAAAAGAAAACUGUUACAUACAUUCCAUUGAUAUAUUUAUCUUAAGUUUCCAGCUUGCCUAAGUGUCUUUAUAAACUUUUUUCUGUUAUUUGUUUUGUCUUGUCUUGUUUGACGCCUUCCUUUCCUUUUAAUUCUUAUUCUAUUACCUAAAUGUAUUUACAGAAAUCAAUGUUGGUUGAACUUAAUGUAGGUAGGUAAUUAACCUCUCGUGUGACAAAUUUGCAUUCAUUUCUUUGUCUGUUAAAUUUGCGUUAUUUGUAGAGAAUCUCAAGAUCAUGUCAUAGUACAUGUAUUCGUUUCUAUUUAGUUCAACCUUUCCUUUGACAAAUUUACGGGUAUAUACUUUGAGAAACUUACUUUUUUUAUGUCUAUAUGUUUGUUUUACGUACAGUAAUGUGUAUCACUGUUUUACUUAGCGUACAAUUUUAACAUAUGUGAAAUAUUUGCGUUUGUCCGAUUUGACCUGCUUUGAAGAUAGGUAAUUAUUGUUCCAUUCCAUUCUUUUCCAUUCCUACUCUUCCAUUCCAUUUCAGUUAAGUUCAUUUUAGAUAUUUCCUUGAUUUUCUCAUAGUUCCUAUUUCCUAUUCUCCUCAUUUCCUUCAAAUGUGUUCUGUGAUAAAAAGAAAUUCUCUGAAAUUUUUUAUAUACAUUCAUGACUUCUUUAUCCUAAAGUAAUGGUUGUACUUAAAUCUAAAAUUACUCAACUUCCAUCCCUCUUCAAUUUUGUUUUAAUUUUACUUACAUCUAAGUUUAGGGGCCCCAUGAAAUAAUUUUCAUUUCAUUGCGCAAGGUGGGAUAUCGAAACAAUAUUGUUUAUGUGAAAACCGAUAUGAAAAUGUCAUGAUAUGUUUUCAAUAGUCAUUUCGCUUUGGAUUGCAUUUGUUUCCAAAUGCUGUCCAUAACUUUGUCCAUCUUUACAGCGAGUGACCUUGCCUCCUCACUUUCACUAAAGUUUACUCUGGAAGAAAAUCUCACCUUUGGUAUAUUCAUACAUUUUUUGUGCAUAAAUUAAAUUUCUGUCUACAUCUGAGACUUUUUGAAUACAUACUACACAACCAAUGAGAAUAUCUCUGAACAGGUUUUCUCUGUCAUUGUUAUCAAUGGACUCCAUGAAUGAACUCCACUCAUUUCUUAAAAUUAAAGUGUUCAAUCCCUUCUAUCUUUAACAUUCUUCUCAUCCAUACCAAAGUAAUUCCAUUGUAAGUCAAUAGCAUUGUCAAGUUUUAUGAAUUAUCUUGUACCAUAUAGUUUUUGUAACUUGCUGAUCAAAGGACCUAACACCAAAUACUUUAUUAUGUACCUACUCAGUUGUUGCUUGUCAUAUGCUUCAGUUUCUUUGCUAUUGUACAAAUGUUGACUGUCAUUUUAAAUGCUAAGGGAAAGGUGCAUCUAAACAGAAGAUUAAUAUGUAAGAUUCACAUACAUCUACCUCACAUUUCCUACUGUAAAAAUUAAACUCUGUAGAUAUAUAGGGCUUAUCUAAUUGUUCAGGUUAUCUAUUUUUUUCUAGGAUUGAAUUAGAGCUGUUCAUUUUCCUGUGUAAGUUGUUGCGUGAUUCAAAACAAGCAAAGUCGACUCCAAUGUUGCUGAAAACAUUAAGGCUGGUUUGACAUCGGCAACAAGUUUUGUAGCAAUCCUUUACUGUGUCCCGCAGGGAGAUUUACUAUUCCAUACAUAACAUACUGGUUUGUAUGUACUAUUGGUUAAUUAUUACUAAAUAUUAAUUCAAUGUUGUCAUGGUGGGCAUAAGUCCUUAAGAUGCUUUGUUUAUUUAUUAUUAUUAUUUUGCAUGAAGGCUUAUCAGAUUAAUAGUCCGGCGUCAUUACUCGACACAUCAUUCUAAAUUUUUGGGACCAUUCAAAAUGUCAGAUGAAGAGAGUGCGUUUUUCUUUUUUAUAAGAAAAGGGGAUCUCAUUUCAUGAGGAAAGCCUCCUCACCUCAGUUUAAGUGCGUUGCCUCAGGUACAUGCCUAUUUGAGAUUAUUAUCAUCAAACUGGUUAGUAGUGGUCUUAUAUUGGAACAUACUUGACGCAAACCACCUUAGCUGAUGGUGAGUCAUAAGACUAUCAUGGAACUAAAUCCUCCUAAAUGGUCCAAGAUUAUUAACUGUGUUAUUGAAGCCUGUGGCAUUGUUAAUGUUUGACCCACAACUAGCUCAAAAAAAGUAACAUAUCAUUACUUUGAUAUAUUACUUGAAACAAAAUGUUAUCAAUGAACCUGAACAGCUACUUCUUUCCCCUCUCAGAGAUCACAUAAACAAGAGGUAGGCAUGGUAUAUGUAAUACAUUAAUGCUAUGCUCUUUGCUUCAUUUGUAUUAUUCUGUUUUGAAACAUUGAUCUGCAGAAACACCAUGUCAUUUGUGAUGAUUGUACUUUUUCUAUUUGUUGCUGUAAGGUUUAAAACUUGUAAUAAUUUGGUUAUUUUUUAUUUUCCUCAUGACCUAUGAGAAUAUAUAUUACAAUUUUUUUA